CAUUACCAGAGAAAUCACUUUGACUAUGGCAUUCAUUUGUUUGCUAAUAUCACCCAGUAUAUUGCUAUAAAAGUCGAAGGAAAGUUGUAAAAGCUAUUCAAUCUUGGAGAAUCGGUCCAAAACACGGUUAUCAAGAUGUUCGCCCUCGCACUUACGCUGAGUGUCCUCUUCAGCGGAGCCCUCUCGCUGCUCUGCCCGUCCCAGGUCGACCCGUCGGUAACGGUCAACGUGGCCCACCCGACGACCUGCGCCAAGUAUAUGUCCUGCGUCCAUACCCAACCAAGGGAAAUGAACUGCCCGGGGGGACUCGAGUGGAACGACCACGACUCGCUUUGCGACUACCCGGGUCGCUCCGGAUGCGUGAGGAACGUUCCGGAAGAGGUGGCCCGGCUCAACGGGAGUGCCCUGGCCGCGGCCAGUGUGUGCUUGCCGCAGGAGACGAGUGGGUGUCCGCUGAACUCGAGCCCGGGGGAGGUUGCGUUGAGUAAGCAUCGGAACUGUCGGAUGUACUACUCGUGCUCGCUGGGCAAGGAAAGUCCGAUGUACUGUCCGAAGGGGUUGUACUGGAAUGCUGGAAGUUGUCGCUGUGACUAUGAGAGUGAUGUCGAGUGUGGUGAGGAUGGGGAGCGGCCGGUGGAAGAAGAGGAGGAGCAGGAGGUGGCGGUCGAUGAGGUUCCAGAGGAAGUACAGGAACAGGCUGAGGAACAACAGGAGGAGGAGCAACAACAAGAAGCGGAGCAACCUGAUCAGGAGGAACCAACCCAGGAACACGAAACCUACGAAUUUCCGGAAGACUUUGAGCAGCCUUCAAUUCUGCUGGCGGAACCACAGGUCGAGUACGAACCAUCUCCUCGGUUGAGAUUCCGUCGUGAUGCUGGUGACACUACUGAGUCUAGCAACUCUGCCGGCUCGACAGGAGCGGAGAGUUCUGGCAGCACUACCGUUGCUGGAAAUUCCGGAAGUUCUGAUAGCCCUGGCAGCUCAGGAGGUUCCGGAGGUUCAGGAAACUCUGGAGGUUCGGGAGGCUCCGGUGGAAAUAAGCCCAUCGAGGGUGGAAACGGUGACGGCACCGUCGCUGCUGGCGCUGGAAUUCGUGAGGUGUCAGCGUUUGCUGUAAUGUUGGCAACACUGGUAUUGAAUGCCAUGUAGGUAUGGAGGAAAUUACCAAGGUGGAGAGGAAAUGAAAUGUAGUUUAAAAAGGUGAUGGGAAAAACCAAUAAUACAGUAGCAAUUUUCUGGCAAAUCAA